AUGUUCAAGGCUUUUGAACUCAUUCAAACCAAAUACCCUAGAUUUCCAACUCCAAAAUUUAAUUACGCUCAUACUUCCUUCCCUUAUACCCUUAAAUUGUUUAACGAGGCAAUGAAGGAGUUUCCAAUAGUGCAGGAGCAAAUAAAACAAAAAUUCAGAACCCGCGACAUGAUCCAAUUUCAAAGUUUCCUCACUUAUGCAAUAGCCAGGAAUGCAGCUGAUACAAUAGAAGAUGAUUACAUAUUAUUGUCUAACGAAGGUUGCGAUAGCCUUGCAAAACAAAUAGUGGAGGGAACAUUCGACAAAUCAUCUGUUUGUAUGAACUAUUGCGACGCAGAAAGUAUUUCAAAGAUUAUUAAUUUUUACCCUAAGAGUGAAUAUGAAAAAAAUGAACUAUAA